CUGGAGAAGAAGGAGAGCGUGGAGAAGAAGCACAGUCUGGAGAAGAAGGAGAGCGUGGAGAAGAAGGACAGCGUAGAGAAGGUAGAGCACCUGGAGAAGAAAGAGAAUGUAGAGAAAAAACCUCGCCAUUUUGGGAUUGCUGUCAUGGGAAAGGACCUUAUGGCCGAAAUGAAGGCCAGACAGGAGAGGCUGGCUGUAAAGAAGUCUGAGGCAUCCAUGCAGAACAAGGUGGAUGCUGACAAAGCCAAGUCAGACAUCCACCCUGUUGACCCAGCAGAUGCUGAUGAGCUCAGACCAGAGCCAACUCCCAGGUCCAAACCACCAUGUAUCACCCUCAGACCGCGCCCACCCCAGGCCACCAGACCCCCACUGGUGCCCCACACCUCUGGUCCCACCAGUCCAACUAGUCCAACACCGAGCAGUGGCCACAGUCACGAUGACUCUGCUGAGGCUGCAGUGGGUAGCUUAUCUGCUAAAGGGCCACUUCCUGCUCCUCGCCUGAAGAGGGCGUCAUCAGAGCAGGAGAGAGAGAGCGGCAGCAGCAGCGCUGCAGGACCUCUGUCUCCACUGGAGGUUGAGGUUUCCAGGGAUGAGGGCGAUGCAUUUGCCCCACCUGGUGCCGGUACCGAGCCCGGGACCGGUGGCAGAGAGUGGUCGUCUGUUAAGAGUUCAGCCAGUCCUCCUGCUGCCAGGGAGGAGGACCGAGAGCGCACCCUGUCCCUGCCUACUUACGUGCGGCCUUCGUCUCCAGCAGACACAGACCUCAGCCCAGCUGAGGAGCUGGUUCCAGCUCUGGCUGCCGACAAGCAAUAUGAGGACGAAUCUGGUGAUGAUUCUCCUUCAGUCCAACACCAACAAGAUGUUUAGUCAAAUUCUGCUCGACUGUCCUUUCUGCACCAAAGAAGCAAUAAGGAGGUCAGUCCCAGACACACAGGCGAAGCAGAAACAGCGGACAAUGUUUUUUUUUUUUAUAUAAACCUGGCACAUGUGAACAGACGGGACACUGCUGUGCUGUUUCCUGGCCUUGGAUCAGUCCCCGUUGUUGCUCCAUGAGCGGGUCUCUCUGUGUGAACAGCUCUAACAGGAUCAUAAAGAUCUGCUGCUGAAACAAUCUGUGGUUGCUUACAACCAGGUUCAGUUGUAUAAAGCUCAGUUAGUCCGAAGCACUGAGAAGAAGGAGUCGAACAGUCUGAGGAGGUCCAGACUGAAGCUGUUUUGUUUUACUGUAUUCAUGUUCUGUUCAGUCGACCUGACUGUAGCAGGUAAGUCACAGGACUGUACAGAUAAUACUGCAAACAUUCACUCCUCAUCUUGGAACAGUGAAUUGUUCACUGAUUAGAAAAUGCAGCAGAGAUGCCCUGCAACAACUAGAAAGUGUCAAAAGCCAAAGAGAGCUGAAGCUGUUGGCUGCCAAAGAUAAAAUAUUUUACUUUUGAUAUCUCAGAAAGUCCAACUGACAUAAAGACAACAUCAUGCUUUUUGUCUUUAAAUAUAAAAACUCGUUUGUGCUAAUGAUGCUAACCUCACUAGUUAAAGCUGCUGCUGCUUUGUUUUAUUUCAGGGCAACACAGAUGAUGUUGCCUCAAGCUUUGGUAAAAGUUUUUAAAAAAGCAAUGCAGAACAAGUGAAUGAACAAGUCCUUGUGAACAUCAUUAGAUGCCUGUGCAAGGUGCUGAAUCCUUGCUUUGUCACUGUGGAUGUUAUUAACUGACACUGUUGCCUUAAAAGUUAUAUUACUGAAAACCUACAAUUUAAAAAUGACUUGAUUCUCCUCGUGUUCCCAUUAAAUCCAUGAAUGUUGUAGAAGUCUAUCCUGACAUAAGGCCAAAUAAUGCAGAGUAAGACUCUUGAACUACAGUCAGGAAAAUCCUAAUUAAAUCUUUUACUCCUUAAAAGAAACAAAUUCACAUUAGAACCACAGUGAAGUAAAACAAAACAGAUGAUGAGGCUGAGCUGCAGAAAGAAACUUUCUAGGCUGAGUUAAAAGUUUCUGACUUAUGAAUAGUGUUUGCAUUUAGAUGCAAGUUGAGAUCACGACUGGAAAACGUUUCCCGAAAGGUCCAAUAUGUACCUGGGAAUUACAAGAGCAGAGGCAACUCCUGUCAGCCAGUGCCCGUCACUCAGCUCUGCUUUUAUGGAUUGUCACUGCACACGAGUCGCAGCUGUCCUGAGUCACCCCGUGACAUGAAUGUGUGAAAGUCGUAAACAUCGUUGUCAUCGCCCUGUCUGAUGUGGACUCGGCAUAAACCUCAGUGAGUGGAGACCAACAUAGAAACUUCCUCUGGGACUCCCCCACUGAGGCUAAACACAACCAGUGAGAUUUUCUUUUCUUUUUUUUCUGCCAAAAACUAAAGCCUGCAAUAAAAUCCAGUGGGUUUUUUUCCACAGAAGACAUUUGGACUUAACACGACCACCUUUCUGCUCCCAUAGGUAGGCGUGUCCACUGUGAGAAGGUGCAUGUUUAACAUAAACAGCAUCAAUGUUUGCCUCAGAUUCAUACUUGCCACUGCUGCUGUAUCUCCACAUGCCUUAAUGUAUACUCGUAAUCAUGUACUGCUGCACUUACACAUGCAUCAGUGUAAAUAUAUACUCACCAGUGUUUCAGGUUCUGUUUAUGGAAUAAAUGGGGUUUAUAUCAGUUAAAUAUAGAGUCUCUGGGGUUUUAUAAUGUGUCCUGAGCAGAAAAUCUGAUGUGUUACCAAUGAAACGUGCUGUUGAAUCUGUGAGGAUUUUCAUGUGGGAUACCUGGUGAUGGGUUUUGUUUUACUGGGAAAAUACUUUUAAUUCAACGUGUUUUAUUGUUUGUAUGUUGGUGGACCUGCUAGCCUGUAACUGUGACACGAAGCUGUCCGAUAUUUCUGUAUUUCUCUGUUUACACCAAUAAACACUGUUUUAGUGGCUGCACUC